CGCAGCCUGUUCUAAAAAAUACGCGGCAACGAUCUAAUCUAAUCUCGAAAUGCGAUACAAAACAGAAUACAGAAAUAGAAUCUUCGCCGAGAUUUAAUACAACGGAUUGGAAUAAAAGAUCCAUGUGACGCCCGCUGCUUUCAUUACAGCAAGUCUCGCUGGAUCAGAAUGACGCUGUUUGCACGUAUUUUGUGCGCUGUGUUGCUCCUUUGCGUGUCAGUGAAGACGCAUUACAAUGUGAUAGCGAGAAAGGGUGUAGAGGAGAGUUUCGUGUCGACAACAAAAACGCCCAAGUACGUUCCGACGUGGUCCAGUCUAGACGGUCGACCGCUACCAUCCUGGUACGAUGUCGCCAAAUUUGGAAUCUUCAUUCACUGGGGUGUAUUCAGCGUGCCCAGCUUCGGCUCUGAAUGGUUUUGGAAUAAUUGGAAAGAGGAGACUAAAUCCACGAAAUACCACGACUUUAUGAGGCAAAGGUAUCCUCCGAACUUUACCUAUCAAGAUUUUGCGCGCGACUUCACUGCCGAGUUCUUCAAUGCUUCCGAGUGGGCAGAGUUGUUGAAAGCGUCAGGCGCCAGGUACGUCGUGUUGACAAGCAAGCAUCAUGAAGGCUACACGUUGUGGCCGUCAACGUAUUCGUUCAGUUGGAAUUCGAUGGAUGUGGGGCCUCAAAAGGAUCUCGUUGGCCAACUAGCACAAGCAAUUCGUAACGAGACAGACAUAAAGUUCGGCUUAUACCAUUCCAUGUAUGAAUGGUACAAUCCUCUUUAUGUAGCAGACAAAAGAAACAAUUUUACAACGGAUAAGUUUGUGACCAAUAAAAUAAUACCAGAGUUACGCGAGUUGGUAGAAACGUACAAGCCAGAGGUAGUUUGGUCAGACGGGGAUUGGGAAGCGUCGGAUGCCUAUUGGAAAUCAAAGGAAUUCCUCGCAUGGUUGUACAACGAGAGUCCUGUAAAAGACACAGUGGUGGUGAACGAUAGGUGGGGCAGUAACAUGCCGUGCCGUCACGGUGGUUUCUUCACGUGCACCGAUCGUUUUAAUCCUGGUGUGCUUCUUCCACACAAGUGGGAAAAUUGCAUGACUAUUGACAGAAAGUCCUGGGGAUACCGCAGAAACGCCGUUUUGUCCGAAUACUAUACGCUGGCGGGAUUAGUGAAGGAAUUGGUAAUUACUGUGAGCUGCGGUGGAAAUUUACUGAUGAACGUCGGACCAACAAAAGACGGCAUUAUUACACCAAUUUAUGAAGAAAGAUUGCGUGGAAUGGGCGCUUGGCUAGCGGUUAACGGCGAAGCUAUUUACGACACUAAGCCCUGGACAACACAAAAUGAUACUUUAACAGGAAGCGUCUGGUACACGUUAAAUAAUAACGAGAAACAGUUGUACGCCUCAAUUUUGGAGUGGCCAGAUGAUAAUGUCUUGUCGUUAGGCUCGCUCAAACUUUCGACCAAUUCCCAGAUGCAUUUACUUGGUUAUCCAUCAGCAGUUCCUUGGAAGCAGUCCGAUAAGAAGCUGGAAAUAAAUUUGCCUCCUAAUGCACACAAAGGACAGCCAGCUUGGGUACUAAAGAUCGGGGUUUAAAACGUACACACAUUUACGACUAAAUAAUACUAAUUAAGUGUACACAUUUUACUCAGAAUAUAUGUAUUUUAUAUUAUUUUCAGUAAUAUACACAAAUUGUAAAAAAUAACAUUUCCAUAAAACUUUUUGGAGUAAAA